AUGGGGGAAUUCCCAUCCCCCAUUGCUCUUGAACACCACGCCACAGCCAUAACAAAGGAGCUGAGUCAGAGGCCUUAUGGUGGAAUCUUCCAAGACAUUGUGGUGAAUACCAGGAAGGACAUGAAGCACGUUAAAGAUUCAAAGACAGGGACGGGAGGCCAAGUGAUUAAACUACAGACAAACCAUUACCAAGUAACCUGUGGCCAUGAAAUCGCAUAUAAGUACAAUAUUGAUUACCAACCUGACAUAAAGGAUAUGGCUAUCCGCACAGAUUUACUGCUCAAACAUAAGUCUAUACUUGGCAACUGCCACAUAUUCGAUGGAAACUCAUUGCUCUUACCUCGGAGGCUACAACAUUCGGAAAUGGAACUUGUCAGCCAGACUGAAAGUGAUGACAAAGUGAGAAUCAGGAUCCGGCUGUCCAGUGAGCUCCACCCCAAUCACCCAGAAUGGCUUCGCUAUUACAACAUCCUCUUUUCAAAACUGCUGAAGCUGAAUAACAUGGAAGAGAUGGAGUCAAAUCCCGAAGACCUCAGAGACCUCAGAAACCUGCUCCAGGCCUCAAGAAUGGACAUAUUGCGUGGUUAUACCACUUCCAUCCUACCGUAUGAAAAGAGCCUGACCCUGUGUGCUGACGUGAAGCACAGGCUGCUCCAGAAGAAAACUGUGUUGGACCUCAUACUUGAGAAGAAAGCUAAUGGCGCGAAAAAGGAAGAAGUCUCUGAAGAGGUGGUGGGAUCCAUUGUUUACACCAUGUACAAUAAAACCUACAGAAUCGAUGAUGUCAACUGGGAGAAGAAACCUAAAGAUACAUUUAAAAAAUUUGAUGGCAGCAAGACCACCUACAUGGACUACUACAGGGAGCGAUACAACACCUUCCUAAUUGAGGAGGAUCAGCCACUCUUGAUGAGCUUGGGCAAGUGGAAGAAGGGCCAGACGUCUACACCUCAUGAGCCUAUCUUUCUGGUCCCUCAGCUGUGUUACCUGACAGGUCUAGCACGUGCUGUAUCUGAAAACCAUAGCCUAAUGGCGCAGCUGACUGACAGAAUGAGAAUGAGCCCAGUGAGUCGGAGGAUCGCACUGAACAAUUUCAUGAACAACAUCCAGACAAAUCAGAACAUAAAGAAUGAGUUCCUGCAGUGGAAGGUGACAUUUAAUGACAACAGUCUGUCUGUGCCAGGAAGAGUUCUGAGCUCAGUAAAGCUUUUCCAAGGUACCCGAUCGGUGGUGUGUGUGCUGCCUGACAACAGCAAGCAAAGAUACGAGGAGAUAAAAACGUUUCUGUGCGUUGAGAAGCCAGUCCCCAGCCAGUGUGUUGUAGCAUCGACCCUGAAUAAUGAAAGGAAUCUCACUACUAUAGUCACCAAGAUUGCUCAGCAGAUGAACUGCAAGAUGGGAGGUGCCCUCUGGAAGGUGGACACAGGGGUAUGUAGGACGAUGUUCAUUGGAAUUGAUUGUUUCCAUGAUACUGUGAACCGGCAGAAGUCAGUCGCAGCAUUCGUGGCCAGCACCAAGGAAGACUUAACCAUGUGGCACUCCCAGUGUCUCUUUCAGGAUACAGCAGAGGAGAUUGUCAAUGAUCUGCAGAGCUGUCUGCAAGCUGCCCUGAAUUCCUGGGUCGCAAACGAAAAGCAGAAACCCCAGAGCGUGGUGGUAUAUCGGGAUGGAGUUGGGGAUGGCCAGCUACAGGCCCUGCUGGAAAAGGAGGUUAGGCAGUUCCGGAAGUUCUUCACUUCUAGCAUCAAGCUAACAUUCAUCGUGGUGAAGAAACGGAUCAACACCAGGUUUUUUGUUGAAAAUGGAGAUAAAGUUACGAAUCCGCCUUCAGGGACUGUUGUUGACCAAGUAGUGACCAGGAAAGAGUGGUAUGACUUCUAUAUUGUGAGUCAGACUUCCAACAGUGGCACCGUCACCCCCACUCAUUAUAAUGUCAUCUAUGACACGAAGGGCCUGACUCCGAACCAGGUUCAAUGCUUGACCUACAGACUCUGCCACAUGUACUACAAUCUGCCGGGUAUCAUCCGAGUCCCUGCUCCAUGCCACUACGCACACAAGCUGGCUUACUUCGUGGGGAAGAGCAUCCACCAGACGCCAGCAUCAUCGCUGUCAGGCUGUCUUUAUUACCUUUAG